AUGAUUGAUGCUCAAUCUAAAGAGAAAUCAAAAGAAAACCUUGACCCCUCAAGUUAUUAUUAUUUUCAUCACUCUGAUAAUUCAUCACUCUCACUUUCAUCACAAUUAUUAAAUGGAGAAAACUGGGCCACGUGGAGCAAAUCAGUCGAGAUUGCUUUUUCUGUUCGUAACAAAUUAGGUUUCAUUGAUGGCAGAUUCAAGAAGCCUUCCAAAGCUACGCAUCCUGAAGAAUAUCACCUAUGGGAGCGAGCAAAUCAUAUAUUGAUUUCAUGGUUCUCCCACUUUGUUUCAUCGGAUCUUAUUCCGAAUGUUCUCUUUGCUCCUACUGCACAACAUGUUUGGGAGGAUUUUCGCGCUCGAUUCUCCCAAGGCAAUCUGCCCCGGAUUUUCGAGAUCAAACAAUCUAUUGCCUCACACGUUCAAGGGACCAUGUCAGUCGCAAACUAUUUUACAAAAUUGCGUGGGUAUUGGGACGAACUCGAUUCAUAUCGUCCUCCUUGCUCAUGUGAUUGUUGCAAAUGUGACGAAAAGAAGAUCAGAGAUGCGUGUCAUAAUGAGGAUCGACUCAUGCAAUUCCUUAUGGGACUCAAUGACUCGUACAAGAACGCUCGUGGUCAAAUAUUACUCUUGAAGCCGGUACCUGACAUUCGAGAGGCAUAUAACAUGGUCACUCAGGAGGAGAAACAACGAGAGGUCGGCAAUGGUGCUGCCAAUGAAUUAUUUUCUGUAGCAGCAGCUAUGCGCACAUCCAAAGUGCAUACAAAGUCUUUCGGUAAUUCUUACUCCAAGACUGAAGAUCAUUUUUGUCACUACUGUAAAAAAGAUGGUCAUAAUAUAAGCACAUGUCACAAACUUCACGGAUUUCCUCUUGGCCAUCCGAGACAUGAUCCCAAUUUCAAAUCAAGAUAUGAUCCUCAAUACAAAUCAAAGAAUACUAAGCCAUCUGGCAAUCCUCUUUUUGGACUAAAGCAUGCUGCUGCACACGCUACCACCACUUCUAUGGCUACGAACGACAUGGGUAAUCAGCAAAAUCAAACUGAUGUUCCACCUUCUCUCAACCCCGACGUACAAGCCAUCUUUUCGGGAUUCUCUAAGGACCAAAUUCAGCAAUUGACCACUGCCAUGGCUUCUAUGUCUCAGAGUAAGAGUGAUAUUUAUGCAAAUGCAGCAGAUAGUGGGGCUACGGAUCACAUCACCUCUGAUUCUUCAUUACUCGUUAACAAACACACACCAAACACACCUCAUGUUAAUUUACCCACCGACUCUACUGCCUCUAUUCAUUCUACCGGCACAAUUUACUUCAAUAAAGAUAUUUCUCUAAAGGAUGAUUUGGCUACGGGGAAGAUGAUUGUUGGGGUAAGCAAAGUGGAGGUCUAUACUUCAUGUCACCAGGUCCCGAUGCACCCCUCGUGCAUCAUACCCACACCAACAAGCAUACAUGGCACCACCGUCUUGGCCAUCCAUCGCCUGCAUGCCUCCGGCUAG